AUGGUCUUGCUACGGAACAUAGCUCUCGUCGCCCUCGCUCUGGGCAGCGGAGCUACUGCGUCAAAUGCAGCUUACUUCAAAAGAGCUCCCGAAGACAUGUCGACCUCUGCGGUUGCAAAGACAACGGGAACCGAAGCUACUCAGUCGACAGCUACCAGCGGUGCCGAAUCUUCCAUGACUUCCAGCUCGUCUACUUCGACCAAGGCGACCGCCCCUACUCCAAGCCCGACCCCUUCAGAUGACACGGAUACUGGAGGGUCAGGGUCCCAGGAAGAUCCAGAGCUCACUGGUGACAAGCCCAAGGAAGCUCAGGCAUGCAGCUCCGAAAAAGAUCUCUCUGUCAAACCCUUCUGUUCGCCUCAUGAUCAGCAAGAAGUAUACGUCGAUGACACCUACUAUGUGCUUCAACUGGACAUUGCUUUGCAUGUUGAUCUAACAGUGUCUGUCUUAACAGUAACCUGGCUUACUUCACUUCUCGGUUCCGACUCUGUUGUUAGAGUUGGCGCAGAUUACGUCAAUGUCUCUAUGAAUGAAGGCCUCAAUGCUUGGCUUUCUCGUGAGACCCCAAACAACCACAGCUAUGUCGCCAUUCAGAUGAAGGCGGAAUGGCUGAAGGGCGAGAAACGCAAUAACCUCACGUUUUUCCUGGACGAGUUUCCAAAGGGCAAAGGAAAGGUCCAUCACAACGGUCCUACCAUCUCCCUCGUCAACAAACCUCCAGUCCACCAUCCUCCACCCCCUCCAACUCCAGCACCCAAGCCGCUUGGCCUUCUCAUCGGUCUACCUCUUGGUCUCGGCGCCGUUUUCCUGAUUCUACUCGGCCUCUGCUUUGGUAUGAAGCACCAGCGCCGAAUUGGCUUGAGCAACAUUAUGGGCCGGCGCAACAAGGGCUACGGUGGUAGACGUGCCAGAGCCAUGAGAAGUGGACGCGGUGCCGGUGGUUCUAUCAGGUUGGACGACAUGGAGGAUAGCGGACAACAGUACUCCGACACCCCUGAGCGACUUCCAUCGCGCCAGCAUAUAGUUUCCGAUACGGAGACUUUCAACGAAGUUCAACGCCGCGAGGGGAAUGCUUUCAGACAGGAACUUGCCCGCUUGAAGAACUGGAAGUGA